CCAAAUUACUAUACUUUCAUUUUUCUUGUUUACAUUUUAUUUUUUUUUUGCAAGAGUAAUUGUAAGGGGGAAAAAAAAAUCAAUCAACAAAAUAUCCUUGCAUUUCUCUUCCUUCUCAAACUUUCAAAUAAAAAAAUAAUCAAGAAUCUGUACGUAUAUUUAUACGUAUAUAUAUGUAUACAAAAAAUGUAUAAUAUACGUACAGAACAUGUAAUUUGAGCUACGUGUUUGUUUGAGUUGUGGGGUUGUGUUUAUUUUGUGUAAUUCGAAGAAACUAAGGAAGAAAAACAAUAUGGACAAUUGGAGCAAUGGGUGUUUGAUUAUGAUGUUGUUCUUGAUUUUGUUAAUGAGUUUUGUUGUAGAUGUUAAGGGGGGGAAUUUGAUGUUUAAUGUGAAGCAUAAAUAUGGUGGACAUGAGGGGUUGAGUUUGAAAGAUUUUAAAGAGCAUGAUAAUUUUAGGCAUGGUAGAAUGCUUAAUGCUAUUGAUUUCAAAUUGGGUGGCAAUGGGCUUCCUACUGAUGCUGCGCUCUAUUACACUAGGCUAGCUGUUGGAACGCCUCCAAAGGAUUAUCAUGUCCAGGUUGAUACGGGAAGUGACAUUUUAUGGUUGAACUGCGUUGGCUGCAAGGGAUGUCCUACAAAAAGCAACCUCGGGAUAGACUUGAUGUCAUAUGAAACGAAAGCUUCUGCAACGGGAAGAUCCGUUGCCUGUGACGAACAGUUUUGCAUGCUCAAUACUCCCUACUCAGAUUGCAAGGCCGGAAUGCCAUGUCAUUUUCAGGUUAGUUAUGGAGAUGGUAGCAAAACAGCCGGAUUCUUUGUGAAGGACAAUAUUCAGUUUGAUCAAGUCUCGGGAGACCUAAAAACAACGUAUAUGAACGGGUCGAUAACAUUUGGGUGUUCGUCUCAACAAUCUGGAGAGCUAGGUACAUCAAAUCAAGCAGUUGACGGAAUACUUGGUUUUGGACGAGCAAGUUCUUCCUUACUUUCGCAGCUCGCUUCCACUGGGAAGGUUAAGAAAAUAUUUUCGCAUUGCUUGGACGGAAAGAAGGGAGGUGGCAUAUUCACCGUUGGACCAGUAGUUUAUCCACAAAUAAAUCAUACAACACCACUAGUCCCAGACGUGCCACACUAUAACGUUAUGAUGAAAGGAAUUGACAUUGGUGGUCAAGCUCUAGACAUUCCGACAACUAUGGCAAUAAUCGACAGUGGGACAACCUUAGCUUAUCUUCCACACGUGGUCUACAAUACGCUUAUGAACAAGCUGAUAGAACGGCAACCACAGUUGGAAAUUCGUCUUGUUGAGAAAAGUUUCCGCUGCUUUGACUACACCGGGAAGAUUGAUGACGGGUUCCCAGUUGUAACCUUUAAGUUUGCAGAUUCGGUUUCUUUGACAGUUUAUCCCCACGAUUAUCUUUUCCAAGUCAGAGAAACUCAAUGGUGUAUCGGUUGGCAAGACAGCGGUAUGCAGACGAAGGAUGGAAGUGGAAGAGGAAUCACGCUAUUAGGAGAUCUUGCGUUAACGAACAAGCUAGUUGUGUAUGAUAUUGAAAAGCAGACAAUUGGUUGGACUGAAUAUGACUGCUCUUCUACCAUCAAACUCAACUAUGAGGAAAGUAACGGCAGCGCGUACGCCGUGGCUGCUCACAAUAUUUCAUUAGCUCAUAAUAUGGACUCGACGAUGUUUUUCACCUUCUUCUUGACGAUCAUCUCGGUCUUGUUCAUUUUGUUGAAGUGAUAACAGAAGACAGCAGUACAGUGAGUAGUUUCUGCACCAUCAUCAUCGUUGGAGCAAGUAAGAAAGAUCGAGAAAUAGAACCAUCUGAUCAAUUCGUUCUCAAUAGCCACGAGAUGAUCACCAUAACGAUAAUGACAGAUGCUGUUAUUACGCUUGCAGUUUCACCAACCAUGCACAUCUAUCACUACUCUGAUCCUUCGUAGGAACUAUCUGUAACAACGAACUUGCAAAAUGGAUUUGUUUAUCAUAACGAGAUUAGUCAUUCUUUUAUCAUUAGCAGUUUCCCUUUAACAUGUCUAACCAUAUAUUUAACAAUGCUUUGUUAGUUAUACAUAUUCGAUGAAUUUCUUAACACAUAGUAUAUUUUUUGAGCAAAAAGCUACUGAGUUCGACUAAAUCUGUAUUCGAGCUUCAAGCUUCGCUCCUGAACAAGAGUACCGACAGUUCUUUUUCAAUGUCUAAA